AUGGGUGACAAGGCCCCCUUCACAAAGUCCAAGCUGGUUGCUAAGGGCAUUGAGAAGGAAUUUGUGGAACUCAGUAAAUCUAUGAAGGACUCUGGCCUGGGUGGACAAACACAGCUCUCUCUUAAAGAAGACGCUUCAUUACUGCGGAUGGUGGCGGUUUCCGAGAAGCGCUGGAGGGCCCGGACACGCGCAGGCGGUGCGGAUGGAUGGAGUGAUGACGGCGAAGAAGGAUUUGAGAGUGGCGACUGUGACGAUGAGGAUGAAUGCACCGGUGUCUCUGGCCUGGGACCGCCUCCACGACGCAAGCGGUUACGCGUCUUUGCAGACCUGGCAGACAACCUGGCGAUGGAUGACUUCACCUUCCAGGAGCAGCUUCUGACCCCACCACUGUCCCCGGCUGGUAAAGGAGGGAUCUCCUCACUCGGGGCUGCAGCACGCAGCUUCAAUCUGGUGCUGACGUCUUCCAUGACACUUUCUUUCCUCCUGCUGUGUCGCCACUGACCGUCAGCUUUGUAUCCUCCAAAAAAAAACAACACACACUUUCAAAAUGAAUCAUUUUCUUCAACUCUUUUUAAUGCGCACCUGAUGAACCUGCCAUCAUGUAAAUAAGAAUCUUGGCCACGCCCACAAUUACCAGGCGCUGUCAUUGUGGUCUUCUGUUCUCUGUCUGCACUAAAUUACUGCCUGCCUGGUCCAAAUGUAAAAUAACUGCUUUCCCUUGGCUCAUAUUUCUCUCCUGUUCAUGUGCUAAAAAUAGACACAUCAUUUCUGUCCUAGGGUGAGAGUACCAUGUUUACUAAAUGGGUUUAUUUGCAACUUUAACUUAUUUCUAGAGAUGUCCGAUAAUAUUGGCCUGCUGAUAUUAUCGGCCGAUAAAUGCAUUUAAAUGUAAUAUCGGAAAUUAUCGGUAUCAAUUUUUGUAUUAUCGGU